AUGACACUAUACUCAGAAGACAUGGACACACAGGAGAUCCUGAAGAGUCUAACUCUGGAGGAGAAGGUCCGACUACUGUCCGGCACCCCUAAUGACUUUGUCUCGAUUUCUGGCAUUCCCGAAAAGAAGAUUACACCCCUCAAGACGGCCGAUUCUAUCAGUGGAAUACGGCCUAGUGAGUUUAAUGGCGCUCUAACCACAGCUUGUUUCCCCAACACUGCUUGCAUAGCUUCAACAUGGAACACUGAGCUUCUAGAAAGAAUGGGCCGAGAGCUAACUCGUCAGGCCAAGAUCAAGCAUGCACAGUUGAUCCUCGGCCCUACAAUCAAUAUGCAUAGAGACCCUCGAGCUGGGCGUAACUUUGAGUGUUUCAGCGAAGAUCCACUCCUCUCUGGCUACAUGGGUGCUGCCAUCGUGAAUGGCAUUCAAAGUCAAGGAUUUGGUGCCUGCGCAAAGCAUUUUGUAUGCAAUGACUCAGAGACUCAGAGGCGAUACUAUAAUGUCGACGAGUCUCCUUAUGGACGUACCUUGCGGGAGAUUUAUCUCGCUGCUUGGUCGUUUCUCUUGAAGAGAUCAAACCCUGCAGGGGUGAUGACAGCGUACAACAAAGUCGAUGGAAAGUUUUGCUGUGACAGCGAAGCCAUCGUUGAGGACAUUCUCCGAAAAGAAUGGGGUUACAAGGGUAUCGUCAUGUCCGACUGGUUCGGCACUCGCUCUACCGUUGCUUCUAUGAAAGCUGGUGUGGAUGUUGAGAUGCCUGUUCCGGUUUUCAGAGGCGAGAAGCUGGUCAAAGCUGUGAACAAUGGUGAGAUCAGGCAAGACCAGAUUGAUGCCAGUGUGUCAAGGCUCCUUGACUUGCGUCGCCGUACGCGAAAUGCGCAAAGCGAGGGGCCAGAGAAAUCGGAAAUUUUUGUACAGACCAACGAAAUUGCCCGACAGCUUGCUCAGGAAGGCAUCAUCCUGCUCAAGAACACGAAAGAAACCCUCCCCAUACAGGGAUCUAAUGGCUUGCGAGUUGCAGUCGUUGGAGAAUACGCCAAAAACGCUGUCUUCACUGGCGGCGGAAGCGCAUCCUGCAACCCUCAGUAUCGCCAAGUUCCGCUUGACCUUUUACGAGAAGCACUACCAAACCCGAAUAGUGUCUCAUACGCCGCUGGCGUUCGCCUUCGUCGCAUUAUUCCUGUUGCCCCCCCAGAGAUCAUCACAACAGAUCAGGGUCAGAAGGGCGUCGAGAUAUCCUACUUCAACGCCGGCGGUGAUAAGCCUUUUCUCACUGAAAUAUUAGAAGAAGCUACGAUCAACCUGAUGGCUCAACGCAAGCCAGGAUUGGAACUCCCCGGCUCUCACAUUGAGAUGUCCACCAACCUUGUACCGAAAACCACUGGAACCCACACCCUUGCCCUUCGACACUCGGGAUCUUUCUCUGUCCGAGUUGACGGUAUAGAGGUAUUCAGAGGUGAUGCGCCCGACAUCACUACGGAACAAUUCUUGUUCAAUCUUCGCAAACUCGAGUCACGUGUUGAGGUCCCAAUGGAAGCAGGAAAGUCUUAUAACAUUCGCAUCAGUAUGCAAUCGAGACAGCCUGUAGUUGGAGAACCCACCCCAUACGGUCUUACGCUCGCUUUUGAAGAGCAGUAUUCUGAGGAGCAAGCCAUAUCUCAAGCAGUUGAAGUCGCAAAGAUGUCCGAUAUUACGAUCAUCUUUGCUGGUCGUAGCGAACAAUACGAGUCUGAGGGGUUCGAUCUGGAAGAGAUCACUCUACCGGUCAACCAGGUAGCAAUGAUCAAGGCAGUUGCAGCCACUUCAAAGACAGCCGUUCUUCUACAUUGCGGAACCCCAAUCGACAUCAGCAGUUUCGUCGACGAUGUUGAUGCUAUUGUCAACAUGCACUUUCCAGGCCAAGAAGGACCCCAGGCUAUGGUGGAUAUCCUCACUGGAAAGGUCAACCCCAGCGGUCGGCUGACUACAACUUGGUUCAAAACGCUUCAGGACUGGCCUAGCUUUGGAAACUUCCCUGCAAGGGAUAAUAAUGACGGUAAUUUCGUCAUAAAAUACGCUGAAGGAUUGGCUGUUGGAUAUCGAGCUCCAGUCUCGGCUGCCCGGGUUCAGUUCCCCUUUGGUCAUGGAUUGUCUUACACCUCUUUCUCUUACGAGGGCCUACGUGUCAGCUUAGACGAAGCCUCAAGCCCUACUGUCUUGAAGGUCAGCGUUCGAGUGACGAAUACUGGUAGUGUUCCGGGCAAGGAAGUGGUACAGGUAUACAUCUCUCCGCCGGAUAAUGUUUCCGACUGGAGACCAUCCCGAGAGCUGAAGGAGUUCACUAAGGUUAGUCUUUCGGCUGGUGAAGCAAGGGAAGUUUCUAUCGACUUGGACAUCGACACGUUCUCGAGCCACUGGAGCGACAGUUUGCGUGCCUGGACUUUGGACAAAGGAGAAUACACGGUAGAAGUAGGAAGCCAACGUGCGACAUUUGUAAUUUAG